AAUUAAUACAAUGGGUAGAAAUUAAAAAUUUCAUUUCAACAAAAAGUAAAGAUUUUAAUUAAUAAGACUUACUCUUUCACAAUGACACACAAACCUUGUAUGAUUUCCCAACUCUCAUAAACCUAUAUGAAGUGCCGUACUUAUCAAGAAAAGCAGAGAGCUUUCAUUAUACCCCAAAACUUAGCAAUUAGCUUAACUCAAAAGGUUUCCACUUUUAUUUUCAAUUAUCGGUUCACAAUGUUCUUUCUUUUGUCAUAAAGAAAACUGGUUUUUUUUUUCUUUUUUUUGUUAUCUUUGUACUAGAAGCUGUUUUUAAUGGGAUUGUUGUUGCAUGUUAAAAUAUUAAUUCGUUCAUAUUAAUUAGUUGUUUUGGGUGAUGGGUUUUGUUUAUUGCUUCAUUAUUAUCACUUAUCUUUUAGAUUUAUUGACUUCUUUUCUUUUUAGCAGAUUUUUUAGCUGAAAACUUUGUGAUCAUAGACAUGGACCGUGGCAAUGAAAGAUUUGAACAAUGUUAUCGAUGUUACUCUGUCUCUUUCAUUAAUAAGGCACAUCUAGAGAAAGGAGAUAAAGUUAUUAUGCCUCCCUCAGCUCUUGAUCGCCUUGCAUCUUUGCAUGUUGAUUUCCCAUUGCUAUUCGAGUUGACAAAUGCUCCUGUGGGGCGAGUUUCUCAUUGCGGGGUUCUAGAAUUUAUUGCAGAUGAGGGCCUGAUGUACUUACCACACUGGAUGAUGGAGAACUUGCUCCUUGAAGAGGGAGAUAUUGUACUGGUGAAGAGUACUAGCUUAGCAAAGGCAACCUAUGUGAAGCUGCAACUACACACUAUGGACUUUUUGGACAUCUCCAACCCCAAAGCAAUCUUGGAAAUUACGCUGAGGAGUUACUCUUGCUUAACCGUCGGUGACACUAUCAUGGUCCCCUAUAAUGAUAAGAAGUAUUAUAUUGAUAUAGUUGAAGCAAAACCUUCCCCUGCAGUCAGUGUAAUUGAAACUGAUUGUGAAGUGGACUUUGCACCUCCUCUUGGUUAUAAAGAAUUUGAAAAGCCAGCUCCCUCUCUACACUCAAACAAGAGGCCACUUGAAGUUGAAGAGGAGCUGCCAAGAAAAAUCAAGUUCGUCCCUUUCAGCGGUUCAGCAAGGCGCUUGGAUGGCGAACUGGCUGCAAUGCCUGUCUCUCCUUUGCUUAAACAAAAUUCAAAUGUUGGUAAUGAAACUGUUGCUUCCGGAAGCUAUACUUCACGUCAACAGGCUGGAAAGCUUGUGUUCGGUUCGAAUGGAAAUCGGCCCCAAAAUAAAACAACAAAAGUUGCCAUGAAGAAUAGCAGUCAAGAACCAAGGAGAGAGAAACAACCAGUUCAAGCCUUCACUGGGAAAAAGUAUAAACUGAUGGGAUGACUGCAUUCAAACUUUUAACUUGAUAUAUAUAUAUAUAUAUAUAUAUAUAUAUAUAUAUAUAUAUAAGGUUUUGAUUGUUCCUUUUUACUUAGACCAGUAGGACGAAGAAGAAACUGAGUUUUUUUUACAACCAAAUGAUAGGAUGGGAGCAAUUUUAUUUUAUUAUUAAGUUUUUUUAGAUUCAUUGUCUUACAUGGUUACAAAAUAGAACGGUUAUUGUGAAAGACCAGUGAAUAUAUAUGAUCUAAAAGAGCUAAGCUCUAACAGUUGUCUCAA